CCGGCGUCACUCCCGGAUUCGCCAUCCGGACCCCGGGCUCGGGGCGCGCCGGGACGCCUUUGUUCCAGGUGGCGAGGUAUCUUCCCCUUGCCGCGGGCCCGCUUUGCCCUCGCCUGCUGGGGAAGAGUGGAGGGGUUGGGGUUUAGGGGCUCGGCCCCUCACGGACAGCAGGGUGGGUUAACCGCCCCCCAAAAGCCUGGGUGGCUUGAGAAGGGCUGGCGGUAACACCUAAGUCUCCGGAAUGGCGGCUGCGUCCGAACCGGGAAGCGGCGUGGUGGGUUGGCGGCGGCCGGGCCAAGUGAGGUCUCCCGGCAGGGGCAAGGCUCCGACCUGGAGGAGAGAGGGAAGGGGACCCCCCUCCCACGCACCGCCUCAAGCUCCCGCGCGAGGCUCUGUCACCCAGCCUGGAGCAAACGAGUCUGUUUACCUUGCGCCUGCAAAAUAUUCAGAUGGAAACAUGUAUUUAUUCAUCGCUUUGCAGAAGGGGACAGCUGAGGAAGGAGAGGCAGAAGCCUAAACAGUUAACACAUUGAGAAAGUGGGAGAAACAAGGUGUCUGAAUUUUUAAUAAUACCCCGGUCUCAUCUUUUUCUUAUGACUGUGUUCCCGUAAAUUUGCUAUCAUUUGGAGAUGGCUGAUGGUAUUCUUUUUAAAAACACAGUGUCAGCUUGGUGGAUUAAAAAUUCCAAGAUGAUUUGUGCAUAAUUGAAUGUUUCCCUGGAGCAAAGAAAUCCUCUUUUUCUGGGGUGGGUGCGGUGUGGGGUCCAGGUCUGGGGUGCGAUGUGUGGCUGUGGGUGCUAGGCGUUGAGGCAGACGCUGGCAAAACGCCUGUUUAUCACCAAUAGCUUUGUCUAAAAAGGUGUGUUUGUCCUGUGCUUGGACCUCCUCUCGUGACCUCUUCUGCUUGGAAAUCCUUUUAUCCAAUUUGUUCUAAGUGUCUUAAGUGAAGUCAAGACCCCUUCAUGUCUCCCCUAAUACGAUAAUGACUAAUUCUUACUGGCAAGGCAGUCCAGAAUUCGCACCAAAAAAAAAAAAAAAAAAAAAAAAAGAAAAAGAAAAAGUUUAAAGAAGGAAAAGGCGGUUACAGCCUUGGGGGGAUUCGGCUUCAUGCUGGAGACCUCCCCAUGGACAAGGCUCCCUGCAAGCAGGCUGGGCCUGCUACUGUGCAAGUCUCUGUACAUCCGCGACAAAGAAUCCGUAUUAACGCGCUCUCUUGGGGAGGGCAGCACUGCCCGAGAUUCCGCGGGGCUCAGACGGAUAUGACUGUGUGUGUUUGGUGGCUGGAGGUUGAGUGAAGGUGUAGCGCUGCUGUCCCCGGAUGUCCUGUGUGGCUCCCCAGGACAAGGACUGCAGACAGAGUGGAAGAGACGAGAUGGGCCCAGCCUCUCCUCCCGGCCUAGUGGUCGCCUCUUGCCUCCCCACCGGCCUUGGCCGGUGGCCCAGGCCAAGCACGACUGGUAUGGGAAGGCUCCGUUGGUGCCCUGGUCCAGGGCUUGCAGAAAGAAGGCUGUGUUAGCUGUGUCUUGGGAGGGAGGCUGCAGAGGCCCACCCAAGUACGCCUCCCCAGGCCCUUCCGGACGAAGAAGCACCCAGAUUUCCCUUCAAGGGAAUCCGCCUCCCCGCCCCCCCCCCACGGCCCCCGCGAAAUCUGGGCUUUGACACAGUCUCCAAGGGGCCGAAGACAGGCGUGGAGGGCGGCUGUGGCCCAGCAGUCCAACGGCAGGAUGGUCAGCGCCAGGCCGGGCGGGCUGCUUAGAACACGAGCCGUGAGCGGCCAGGAAGGGCGAGCAGGGUCCUUACUCUCUGCCUCCGGACCAGGAACCCGACGCCCUCCGUCCGGGGCCAGACCGGCCCCCCAAGGAAGGGGCGGCUCCCAGGUCCCCGAGGUCUGGUUCCAAAACCGCCGGGCCAAGUGGAGGAAGAAGGAGAACACCAAGAAGGGCCCGGGGCGGCCGGCGCACAACUCGCACCCAACCACGUGCAGCGGCGAGCCCAUGGACCCGGAGGAGAUCGCGCGCAAGGAGCUGGAGAAGAUGGAGAAGAAGAAGCGCAAGCACGAGAAGAAGCUGCUGAAGAGCCAGGGCCGCCACCUGCACUCGCCCGGCGGCCUGUCCCUGCAUAGCGCGCCCAGCUCCGACAGCGACAGCGGCGGCGGCGGCCUCUCUCCGGAACCUCCCGAGCCGCCGCCGCCCGCCGCCAAGGGCCCAGGAGCGCACGCCUCCGGCGCCGUGGGGACCGCGCCCGCCCCUCCCGGCGAGCCGCCUGCGCCCGGCACCUGCGACCCCGCCUUCUACCCGAGCCAAAGAAGCGGCGCCGGCCCACAGCCGCGCCCAGGUCGCCCUGCGGACAAGGACGCGGCCUCGUGCGGGCCAGGGGCGGCUGUGGCGGCGGCGGAGCGCGGCGCCGCGGGGCUGCCCAAGGCCAGCCCGUUCAGCGUGGAGAGCCUCCUGUCCGACUCGCCGCCGCGCCGGAAAGCCGCUUCCAACGCUGCCGCCGCCGCCGCCGCGGGGCUGGACUUCGCGCCCGGGCUGCCGUGCGCGCCGCGGACCCUGAUCGGCAAAGGCCACUUCCUCCUCUACCCCAUCACGCAGCCGCUCGGCUUCCUGGUGCCGCAGGCCGCGCUCAAGGGCGGCGCGGGAUUGGAGCCGGCGCCCAAGGACGCGCCGCCAGCGCCCGCCGCGCCGCCCGCGCCACCGGCCCAGGCCAGCUUCGGGGCCUUCUCGGGGCCCGGCGGCGCCCGGGACUCGGCCUUCGCGCGCCGCAGCCCCGACGCCGUCGCCUCCCCGGGGGCCCCGGCCCCGGCGCCUUUCCGUGACCUCGCCUCGGCAGCGGCGACCGAGGGCGGCGGCGGGGACUGCGCGGACGCGGGGACCGCCGGCCCCGCGCCCCCGCCGCCCGUGCAGUCGCCCGGGCCCGGCCCGCGGGCUCCCAGCCCCGCCGAGGAGCCGGCUACCUGUGGGGUUCCCGAGCCUGGAGCGGCGGCCGGACCCAGCCAGCCGGAGGGCGAGGAGCUGGACAUGGACUGAGGCCGCGGCGGCCGGGAGACGCGCGUAGCCGGCCCGCGGCCGCUCGCUCAGGCUCCGACUCACGCAACGAAUCAGGUGAUCGGCUCUAGAAACACUGCUUUCCCCUCUUUUCUUUUGUUUUCUUCCUUUUAUUUUUUCUUUUAAGAGUAAACAAAAGCGCUGUAUGAAUUCGGACCUAGGCAGCAACCACAGGACUGGGGGGUGAGACCCUCCUCCUCCCUAGGGAGCAAAAAGAACCCAUACCCCCCAAAAAACCCACAACGAGAAUCCUCAGCCUUGUAAAAUGCAAAAAUGUCUAAGAAUAUUUAUAUAUGUACAAUUUUUGAUAAAUAAAGCUGGUCAAACGCAA